GAACGGGCCAAAAGGGUCGAGACUCCGUCAUGAACUGGGCUGAAAUCACACUCAGUUUUAGCGCGUUUUCUUCGGCGCGUCGUUGGCUAUCUUCAAAAGCGCCCAAGUUGCAUUCGGCGCGAGUUAGUUUCGGUUAAAGCGGCGAGCGGUGCGCAUCUAUGGUAGUUGAUAAACGGCACGAAAUUAUCCCUAAUUUGUAAGGACUUUGCACUGCCAAUCCUCGUGUGAUUGAGUUCCGAACGAAUUUAAAACCAGACCUUUAUCUGAACGUAAUAAAAUUCGGUCGCGUCUGUGCUAAACAAAUAGUAUUUUGCUAUAUCAUAAUGCCCAGAGUCGUGUGAUAAGUGAAUUAACUCGCUGGGAUAAAGCCAAGAGAGCGGGAACUUUAGCGCACACUGACUAACACAAUUCACGCAAUUUUUGGUUAAAGUCAACAACAACUUCCGCAUAACCAUACACCAUAGCUUCCAAAAUAUUCAAUAAGAGACAAUCAUAGCCAAAAAAAAGCCACCCAGAAACAAUUGGGAUAAAAACCAAAACAAUAACCUCAAAUUGAAUGAGCGUAAGCUAUAAUUAUGACCAAAUGAUCCAGCCUACAGCAACAAAAACAAAAGCAACAAAGAGGCCGAGCAGAACCAACAACGAAAUGAAGGUUGUCAGCAGCAGACUAACAGUCGUCUUAACAGCGCUGCUGCAGUUUGUGAGUCACGCCAGUGGCUUGCAAACUGUAAACGAAUCAGCAGCUGAAAAUACUAUAUGUCUGUACCAAGAACACAACACCACUUAUCGCAAGGAGAUCGGAGCCGUGUGGUUUGCCUCCAAAGAUCCUUGUCUGGUGUACUCCUGCGCUGCUGGUGUGGCCAAGGAUCCACAGGCCCAUAUUGUGGUGACCCAAGUGGAUUGCAAUGAGUUCUACUGUGAAGUGGGUUCGGAACUGCGCAGUGUCGAGGGCAGUUGUUGUGGCGAGUGCGUAAGGACCCACUGUCAGCACAAUCAUACCCUGUAUGGAGUGGGAGAGUCCUGGCACAACGACGCAGAUUGCACUCUUCUCGAAUGCGGACGCCUGGAUAAUGGACAAAUCGUCAUGAACACGUAUAGAAGAAGCUGUCCGGAAUUGACCGAAGAUUGUCCAGCCUCAAGGUUAGAGGUGCGGAAUUGCUGUCCCUACUGCAGACCACUCCAAACAGCAAGGAUUGAGGAGCUUCAGGAUCCCGAUGAAGAAACCACUGAUGACAUUUGGACAGCCGAGUGGUAUCGCAAGCAUCCCUGUAACCGGGAUUGUCAAGUCGGUGCUGAACCCAUGACCUGUCGCUAUACUUUUGUGGUCGAGUGGUACCAGACCUUUUCGAAAGCCUGCUACGAUUGCCCUCGGAACUUAACGGAUUGCUCCCGACCUCACUGUGUCAUGGGAGAUGGUCUCGAACGAAGCAUCACUGUGGUAAAUCGCAUGAUGCCGGGACCAGCGAUUGAAGUUUGCGAGGGCGAUGAGAUAGUGGUGGACGUAAAGAAUCAUCUGCUGGGCGAGAGUACCACUAUACACUGGCAUGGUCUGCACCAGAAGAAGACGCCCUAUAUGGAUGGUGUGCCCCACAUCACCCAGUGCCCAAUCACCCCGCAUGCGACCUUCAGAUACACCUUCCCUGCUGAUCUCUCGGGCACACAUUUCUGGCACUCGCACACUGGAAUGCAGAGGGGAGAUGGUGUUUUCGGUGCACUGAUCAUCCGGAAACCCAAGACAGCCGAACCGCAUGGAGGACUCUACGACUUUGACCUAAGCGAACACGUGAUGGUUGUCCAGGAUUGGAUACACGAUACGGGGGCCAGCAUAUUUUCCUAUCAUCAUCACUCCAGGGGUGAUAACAAACCGCACAACCUGCUUAUCAAUGGAAGAGGACGUUACUACAACCGCAUUUGGGCGGAGGCCAAGCAAACCCACCGCAGGUCGGAGGAGAGGACCACGCAACCCCUGGAUCCACUGCCCAAGUCCCAGGUGGAUUUCGUGCAAACUCUACCGCGACAGGCUCGUUUGGCCAAGACCAAUACCACAAAACUCUUUCCUGUAAAUUCCCGCCAAAAGAGGGGUAAUCUCAACGAGAUACCCUUGGAACUAGUACCCCACCAGGUCUAUACGGUGAGAAGAGGUUUUCGCUACCGCUUCAGGAUUAUAAACGCUGAGUACCUUAACUGUCCGAUCGUGGUUUCCAUAGAUGGUCAUAAUCUAACAGCGAUUAACUCAGAUGGCUUUGACAUCGAGGCCAUGGAUGUGGGUUCCAUAGUUACCUAUUCCGGCGAGCGAUUCGAUUUUGUGCUAAAUGCCAAUCUUGAGGUGGGAAACUAUUGGAUCCGACUAAAGGGACUGAUGGACUGCAGCGAAGUCUUCACCUCCGCAUUCCAAGUGGCAAUCCUGCGCUAUGAAGGAGCUCCGGACGAGGAGCCCACCGCGGAAUUAAGUUACGGCCACAAGGCAGAGGGCAUUGAACUGAAUGUGAUGAACCGGGGUCCCGGAUAUCCGGACACCAAAACCGUUGCGGAAAUGAGGGCCCUACCCAUUUACGAUCAUGUGUCUGGCAUCGAUCACGAUACCCUUAAGCCGGAAGCGGACUACAAGUUCUUCAUCUACUACGACUUUUACACCAAAAACAAUCCCGACUUCCACGACAAGGAUCUCUAUGCCAUGGACAUGGAAAUGACACAGCAGAACCGACUUUAUACCCCUCAGCUGAAUCACAUCACCCUGAAGUUUCCCUCGCUGGCACUGCUUCCCUCAAGGAGUCAGCUGAAGGAUUCUGACUUCUGUAACGAAACGAGUCUGGCGGACAAGGGCAUCGAUUGCCGCAAGGAAUUCUGCAAGUGCCACCACGUUCUCCAGGUGCCCUUGGGCGCAGUGGUCGAGCUGAUCAUCGUGGAUGAGGGAUUCCAGUACUACGCCAACCAUCCCUUCCACUUGCACGGGAAUGCCUUUAGAGUGAUGGGAUUGGAGCGAUUGGGCGAUAAUGUCACAGUUGAAAUGAUCAAACAACUCGAUCAAUUCAAUUUACUCAAACGGAAUCUUGACAAUCCACCUGUUAAGGACACUGUCACCAUUCCUGACGGAGGCUAUACCAUCAUCAGAUUCGAGGCCUCCAAUCCCGGCUAUUGGCUCUUCCACUGUCACAUCGAGUUCCAUGCGGAGAUUGGCAUGGCAUUGGUCUUCAAAGUGGGUGACGAUGAUCAAAUGGUCCCGGUUCCGGAGAACUUCCCCACCUGCGGCGAUUAUAAUCCCGACUUAAAGUCUGAUGGUGGCAGUACAGAAGACACGGAAUCUAGCAAGCCAACAACAGCAAAACCACCAAAUACUGGAGGCGGGGGAUCACGAUUAACACCCACUUUGAUUGCUCUGCUCAGUAGUUUUGUGCUGGCACUACUCUAUCAAUAGGAAGAGGGCUU